AUGGACAUUUGCCGGAAGUUUAUACGUAACCCGGAAGUUAUCGUAGUCAGACACAGGGGUCGAAGAAGUCCUCUUCCUGUACUGUCACUGAUAUUCACACACCCCCCCCCACCUCCAAUACCACCAUGUCUCGUGGCCGCCAGCCCCCGCUGGUCACUGGCAUCUCGCCCAAUGAGGGCAUCCCGUGGACCAAGGUCACCAUCCGCGGCGAGAACCUGGGCACUGGGCCGGCCGACCUCAUUGGCCUGUCAAUCUGUGGACACAACUGCCUCCUGACAGCCCAAUGGAUGUCGGCCAGCAAGAUCGUGUGCCGCGUGGGACCUGCCAAGGACGACAAAGGCGAGAUCAUUGUCACCACCAAGUCUGGCGGCCUGGGCACCUCCACUGUUUCCUUCAAGCUCCUCAAGACAGAAAAGAUCGGCAUCCUGGACCAAUCGGCCGUGUGGGUAGACGAGAUGAACUAUUACGACAUGCGGACAGACAAGAACAAGAGCAUCUCGCCACUGUCGCUGCGGCCUGCCAACCCACUCGGCAUCGAGACGGACAAAGUGAAGGUGGCUCAGAUGGACCUGGAGAGCAUGUUCCCCAGCAUGAGUGGAGACUUCACCAGCGAGAACUUCUCAGCCACCUGGUACCUGAUCGAGAACCAUUCUACCACCAGCUUCGAGCAGCUGCGUGUGGCAGCAAACAACCUCCGCAAGCAGGCCAACAAGAAAAACGAGGGCAGCCUGGCCUACGUCAAGGGAGGCCUCAGCACCUUCUUUGAGGCCCAGGACGCGUUGUCAGCCAUCCAUCAGAAACUGGAGGUGGACGGGACGGAGAAGGUGGAGGGAUCCAUGACGCAGAGGCUGGAGAAGAUCCUGAACCGUGCGAGCGACACGGCCGACACGCUCUUCCAGGAAGUGCUGGGCCGUAAGGACAAGGCCGACUCCACGCGCAACGCCCUCAACGUGCUGCAGAGGUUCAAGUUCCUCUUCAACCUGCCCUUGAACAUAGAGCGCAACAUCCAGAAGGGCGAUUACGAUGUUGUGAUCAAUGAUUAUGAGAAGGCAAAGUCCCUCUUUGGAAAUACUGAAGUCCAAGUCUUCAGAAAAGUGUACGCCGAGGUGGAGACGCGCAUCGGCUCGCUGAGGGCCCUCCUGCUGGACAAGCUGCUGGAGACGCCGUCCACGCUGCACGACCAGAAGAGAUACAUCAGGUACCUGUCAGACCUGCACGCCCCCGGCGAUCCAGCCUGGCAGUGCAUCGUGGCCCAGCAUCACUGGAUCCUUCAGCUGAUGCAGACUUGCAAGGAGAGCUUCAUUCAGAGGCUCAAAGGGGGCAGUGACGGCAUGACGCUGGACUCCGACGGGGAGUUGCGGCCCUCUGGCCUUGGCCGGCUGGGCCAUUCUGCCUCUUUUAAGUCAGGCAGCACUGAAUCCUGGACCCCCCGGAGUCCUCAGCAGGUGUCGUUUGUGGAGAAGCUGGCAGAUGUUGUCACCGGGCAGCUUCCCAAUUUCUGGAAGCUGUGGAUCUCCUAUGUGAACGGCAGCCUGUUCAGCGAGACAGGAGAAAAAUCAGGCCAGGUGGAGAAGUUGAAGAAAAAUGCCCGUCAGAGGCAGAGUGACUUCAAGAAGAUGAUCGAGGAGGUGACGCACCGACUGGUGAAGCUGGUUCGCGGGGCCCUGUUACCCUCCAGCCUGACACCAACAGAACUACAGCUGUACGGGGGCUGGGGGACCCAGAGCGAGUUGAGCGGACCCAGCCUCACACAGGUCAUCCACACCGUCAGGGGAAGUCAUGAGGCGCUGGCGGCACUUGAAAUCCCCAACGACCUCCUGCAGGUGAUCCAGGAGCUGCUGUCAGAGCUGCGCGUGCAUUGCCUCAUCGUGACGCUCAAGCAGGUGGCCGAGGAUGUCAAACAGCUGCCAGAGAAGGAGGACUGGGUGGUCGAUAACGAGGGAGUCACUUCCUUGCCGGCCCGGUUCGAGCAGCACAUGGUCCAGAUGCUUCAGUCCCUGAAGGGUCCCAUGGACUGCAAGCCCGGGGAAGUUAACAUUUUUCAACUGGAGCGGACUCAGGAUAAAGCCUCUGAGCUCUGUGUGUCGAUUAUGAAGGUGUUCAUCAACUGCUUGGAAGAACUAAGCACCAAAGCUGAUGGCAACAUGGAAGCUUCCCACAUGUGUGUGGAUGUUGUAUCCCCUGACCUUUUCAGAAGUGUCCACAACGACUACAGACCUUCCCCAGAACAGCGGCUGCUCCUCAUCCUCAGCAACUGCCAUUACCUGGAGAAGCACACCUUCCUGAACCUGGCCGAGCACUUUGAACGGCACGGCUUCCUAGGCACAGAGAAGAUCACACGGGUCAGCGUGGAGUCCGUGCGCGCCCUUGACGCCAGGCUUUUCGAGUCCUACGUGGAGAGGAAAGCUGACCCCAUCGUGGGCUCGCUGGAGCCGGGCAUCUAUGCCGGCUACUUUGACUGGAGGGACUGCUCGCCCCCUACAGGUGUUAGGAACUAUCUGAAAGAAGCCCUGGUGAACAUCAUAACAGUGCAUGCAGAGGUGUUCACAGUAUCAAAGGAGCUAGUCCCACGGGUUGUCUCUCGCAUGGUGGAGGCCGUGGCUGAGGAGAUGAGCCGCCUCAUGCAGUGUGUGUCAUCCUUCAGCAGGAACGGGGCCCUGCAGGCCCGCUUGGAGAUUUGUGCCUUGAGGGAUGCCGUCCAGUUCUACCUGACAGAGGAGAGCGACGCCAGCUUCAAGCAAGCACUGGAGGCCCUUCCCCAGCUGCAUAAUGGGGCUGACAAAAAGCUGGUGGAGGAGCUGCUGAACAAGUUUAAGAGCAGCAUGCACCUACAGCUCACCUGUUUCCAGCCUCCAUCCAUACAGCCCCUCAAGAGAUGAGAUUAAGCGUCACAUGUCAAGUUCCUGCCAUGUUCUCAUACCUCUUUACAGCUCAACUGUAUGUUCUUGACUCUCUGUUGUCCAUGUAUGGGUGGGGUCCAUGCAUGCUGGAUUCUUAUGAUUUUAAGAGGUGACUCCUUGCCUGCUUCAGAAUUGAAGACACUCAGUCCACUACACACCUGGUCCACUACACAUUUACGGUGUGAGGGCAGAGGAACAGUUCUGAGAAUGUUUCAAAUGUACUUUUCUUUGGAAGUUAUUCCCUGCACCCCAGACCUUUAUUUGCUGAUAUAUUUCUUAUCCUGUCUGUUCAAUCAUUAUAAUUUCCAUUAUGUGACUCUCAUCUGAUGAAUAAAACAGAAAUUCAAA